CUUCCUUUUCACAGUUUUCUCUGGAUCCAGGCAGAUAGAUCAAACAAACGGUGACCUCAAUUUUAACAGACAUGCUGAUGUCAGCUCCAUGGUGCAUGAAAUACAGGGACUUCAAGCAAUGCAUAAUGCGAUAGAAGAUGAGGAUGAAAAACGAGCACUGGGGGAGGACAUCACAGGAAAGAUUCUGUGGAUUUGCUGGUGCGGAAUCUGCUCGGAAGUCGAACGACUAUUACCGAAGGUCAUCGAAUACAUCCUCAAAGGAAGAGAGGUACUUAUUAUCGAGGGGAUGCGUAUAGACCCAGACGACAAUCAUAGGCAUUUGUGGCGAAUUAUGCUUGAUGCUGGAGCAGGCAUAUCGAAACAUCGAUUGCUGCUCGCUACUCGGGCUUCGACCCCUUUGAGGGACCAACGCACUCUCGACACCUUAGAAAUACUCCCGAGUACAAGUUAUGAAACACCAUAUACGUCGAUGACUUAGCAAACGCUGGGUACGCAUCCUUGGCUUUAUGCGAAUGUCGAUC